AAAAGGAAAUGAAUACUACAGCAAUUGAGAGAUUUCUAUUAAUUUGGAUUGUCUUUGUCGGAAGCUUUGGUCGUUCAAGUUGCUCGUCAAAAUGUGAAUUCAAGGCAAUCUUUAACUUCGGUGACUCAAACUCCGACACUGGUGGGUUUUGGGCUGCUUUUCCGGCCCAGUCUGGGCCUUUUGGGAUGACCUUCUUCAACAAACCCGUCGGCCGUGCUACUGAUGGCAGGCUCAUCAUUGAUUUUCUCGCUCAGGCUCUUGGAUUACCAUUUCUGAGCCCAUAUUUGCAAUCCAUUGGAUCUGAUUUCAGGCAUGGAGCUAAUUUUGCCACAUUGGCUUCCACUGUGCUUCUUCCAAACACUUCCUUAUUUGUCACUGGAAUCAGUCCAUUUUCACUAGCUAUCCAGCUCAAUCAAAUGAAGGAAUUCAAGGUCAGAGUUGAUGAAUUUCAUCACUCAUCCAAUAAAAAAGGUACAAUGUGCAAUCUGCAUAUAAUUAUAUUGCCUCAUUUUCAUGAGAAAACACUACCCUUUUGA